UUCUAAAAAUACCCAACAACCGAUCGUUGUUUCUCUCAAGAGCAUGAUUUUAGCUCUCAGUUAACGAGAAAACGCGACCGUACGCAGAACAUGUAUUAUUCUGCAAAUUUAAAAUUUUUCUUUUCUAAUUUUUCAUAAGUUUUGUUGGCCAUUUAUUUUGCAAAAAAAAAUUGUCAAAAUUUCUUCCUUCUUUGGUGUUGUAUGUGUGUGUUUUUAAAACGAUUUAUUUGACUACUUUUUUCGAAAUAAAAAAACGAAUUUCGAAUAGAAAAAACAAUAUUUUAUAACCGUUAAUUAAACUGGAGUAGAGUUUGGUUUUUGUUUUUUUCUGCCAGCAUUUUCUGAAUGCAAAGAAGAGACAGUUUUUUCGGUCGCAAAUCGAUGUUUACAUCAUCGAUUAAGUGCCUCUGUUUGGCGAUUCUUUUAGUUUUGUUAAUUUUUCCACUUUUGUCGCAUGAAUUUGGUGUAAAAAAUGAUGACGACGAUGAUACAGGUCCUAGAGAGGCAGUUAGGGCUGUUCGAGCGAGAGCACCGAAAAGAUUCGAAUUUCGAAAAUUGGUGCGAGUAGUUCCAACUGAUGAGGAAGAAGAAGGGGAAGAAGAAGGAAAUGGUGGGGGUGCUGAGGACGAAGAAGAGGAUGACGAUACAGAUGACGAGUUUAAAUUUGAGAGGGCUCGAAAGUCAGAUGGAAGCAAAGCAAAAUCUGCUCAGAGAACAAGUGUGGAUGAAUAUGGAGAGGAUUAUGUGAGAGAAAAAAAGGCAGCCAGUAAGGACUCUGAAAAAGGAUUCUUUUCCUCUCUAUUUGGCGGGCUUUUUGGUGGAAAUGAUAAGCCUGUUAAGGCUCCACCUCCGCCACCUGUGGAAAAAUCAAAUGGCAUUAUCGAUUGGAUUCAAUCGUUUAGCAGUAGUUUCAAAAAGGUUACCCCACAACCAAAACCAGAACCAGCUACUAGUAUCGAUUGGAUGUCUUAUCUUAAUCGUUGGCCAUUCAAUUCACUAUUUCCUAUUGGAAAGCCCGAGAAAAAGAUUGCCUUGCCAAGAAGUGAAGAUUCGUCUGGUCGGUAUUCUUCUGGAGCAGAGCCAAUGAGUCAGGAUCAUUUUGAAUCUCUGCUGCACACAGUGCCGGGAUUUGUUGUGAACGCGUCACAUGUUAGUGAUAUUGAAUGCAAGCAACAGAUGCAGAUUUUUCAUCGCCAAUUACGCGGCAACAAGUUUUGGACAUUGCAAAUGCUUGAUUCAACUGGUAAAAUCACUUCGGGAUUGUUACGCGGAAAUAUCAAUCAACUUGGUGAUUUUGAUAUGUGCACUCAUGCUAAAACUUUAGUCAAGGUUACAUCUGAUAUAUCGUUGAGGAUUCGUGGAAAAUAUUGUUUGGCUCAUAUUGAAACUCAAGGGAAAGUUGAUGAGCUUAAAGUACCAGUGCAUUUGGCCCAUGGAAGGGGUUUAUGGCGGAGUCAUUUGGGAAAUCCAAGUCACUUUAUACCGAGAUAUGCUAUCGCUAAUUGGGGUGUGUGUAUCCCAAAUGCUUGCUCGGCCAGUGUUGUUCAGGAAAUGAUUGAAACGAAUCUAAGACCGUACAAUAAUACUGGAGUUGAAUUUCGUGUGGAGGUUUCGGAAAAUGAUUGUUUUGUGAAAUCGAGCAGACGUCUUACUAAAUUAUUCAAAAAGGAUGAUAAGUUUACUUUUGCUGUGUGCUAUUUGGCUUCAUUUUGGUUUAUUGCAGCAGCAGCUUAUGUAUCCGAAAACUGGGCAAAAGUAUCAAAUUAUCUCAGUGGAUUUUUGAAAUCAUCAAAAGACGAAACACCCGAAGAACCCAAAACAGAUGAACCAGAAAAAGAACCCGAGCCAUCAACCGAACCCGAACAAGAAGCGGAACCAGAAGUAGAACAAGAUGAAACAUCUCACCACGCAAUUGCAAAGGAAAUAUUUCAUUCCUUCUCACCCAAACGAUCAUUAUCUGAACUUUUAUCAGAAGAUCGUCUCGAUAUGCAAUUUCCAAUAUUUCAUCUUUUAAAAAUUCUUUCGACUUUCAUGCUAUAUGUCUGCUUGAAAUAUAUGAUGAUUGGUCAUUUGCCAAUAACAAAUCGCGAUAAAUUGGUCAGAACUGUCGAUCAACCAUUUAGUGUGGUCUUUCGAUCGCCAAUGAUCUACACUGAUAUACUUUUAAUUAUAAGUGGAUUUCUUUCGGGCUAUCAAUUGUCAGAAGAAAUGGAAUAUAAAACAUACAUUGGAGUUAUUAAAAGGGUUUUUGCGAAAGUUCUAAGAUAUUUACCAACGAUUUAUGCUGUACUCUUUUUUCAAACUUGGAUACUUCCACAUUUAGGUUCUGGUCCCUUAUGGAAUAAGCUAAUUGGACAGAAUGCAAGGCUUUGUGAACACAAUAUGUGGAGAGUUCUGUUUGGUACUCAAAAUGCUAUUGAUUUUGAGGAGACCUGUUCUCCGAUAACCAUUCAAUUGGCAUUGGAACUGCAACUUUAUAUGCUUGGACCGUUAAUAGUUUGGUUAUAUUAUACCGACGCUGAUGCCGGUUUCUUUGCUUAUGGAGCUUUCCAAGCAAUGUCAGUUGCUGCUAGAUUCUCCAGAACCAAUUUGGAACAUCUUUCAGCGAUUAUGUUCCAUGGAAUGAAUGUCAGCAAAUUCUACCGAACUGCCAAUAUCCUUUACUCAUCACCCAUUGCUCGAGCAACUCCAUAUCUUCUAGGAAUUGGAGCUGGGAUUUUACAUCGUUACACCGACGGUAAUCUAGAAAUCCCUCCAGGACUCACCAAUAUCGGAUGGCUAACAGCAAUUGUUAGUAUUGGAUGGUGUUUUUGGUAUCCUUCAUCCGGAAUGCGUUCAGAUUUCAUUUAUAAUUCGUCAGAAGCAGCUUCCUAUGCUUCAUGGUCACCAUUAGUUCUUGGAUUAGCGAUUGUAUGGGUCGUUUUCAUGACACCCAAGAAGGGAUUUAUUUUUUCAACUUUCCUAACAUCCAAACCAGUUAUAUUCCUAAGUCGAAUUUCAUUUCCAAUGCAGCUUGUAAGCUACACUGUGGUUAUGUACACUAUUGCUGGGGUUAAAGAAUCCAAUAAGUAUCACAUUAGUGAUUUGGUUAAUGUCAUAGAACUAGCAACUAUCGUUUUGUGUUCAAUUUUUCUAGCGUUCCUUGUUGAUGUGCCUUUUCAAAAUGUCCGAUUGAUCAUUAUCAAAAAGUUAUUUGCUGAAAAACCAGUACAAGAAUCUGAUCUUCAUGAUGAAGUUGAUCAGUCUGAAGAGAUUUCUGAAGAUGUUGUAGAAAUGAUUUCAGAUAGUCCAGUACCAACAACAGAAACACCAGAGCCACCAGAAGAUGAUCAUUGGAAUACUGUUGACUCUGAUGAGAAGGAACACGAAUAUGUUGUGAGGUUUAAUCCACAUUUGGUGAAUGGAGUUGGAGCAGCUGUUGAAACAAGUAUUAGUAACUCUUCACCUGAACCAGAUACUGAAGAAAAAUCUGAACCCGAAGAAGAAAUCGAACUCGAGGAAGAAGAGGAAGAGGAGGAAAUUGCCGAAGAAGAUGAAGUCAUCCGGAGACCUAUUACUCCAGAAACCGAAUCUAAUCCAUCACCAAUACCUCCAGCUGCCCCAGCAACACCGCCAACACCCACAGUUGAAACACCAUCACCAAUUGGCUAUCGAAGACGACGUCCAACGACUAAAAAUGAUGAUGAAUAAAAAAUUCGACAUAAAAUAAAAAGACAUUAUAACAAAAUUCAAUUUUAACACUUUUAAUAUAAAAAUAUUAACUAUUUAUAUUAUAACAUUAUUUACAAAAAGUUUAAAAAAAAAUAAAAUUAAAAUAAACUC